AUGGUUCACCUAUCGGCGCUGAUGCUUUUGACACUUGUUGGAAGCGGCAUUGGUCUCGCGGAUGCAAAACCUUGCACCACGAGAGAGCUCAGCGUCUUCAACGAGGUGUCUGGUCAAGUCAACAAGUGCAUGCAAGACAGCAAGCUGAACUUCCAGAUCCCUCCACGUUUGAGUCUCCUAAAGUCUCAACAGUCAGCGUUGUGCAAGUCGGAAGCCUGCAAGGACAUGAUCGGUGCCAUGGACGACCUGGAUAUCCCAACCUGCGAGGCUGUCUUUGACCAGAAGAACAUGACGCUGCAAUCGAGCCUCGACAAGUUCGUGUCGUCGUGUGACACGGCUACGCCGGCUCCAUCUCCGAUCAAGCGGCGUAAAUCGCUCGAGUCGUCGUCGUCUGAUGGCUCGGACACGGGUUCAAAGAAACGCCGCGACAUGAACCCGGCGACUGCAGUUGCGUUCGGAAUGCCGCAGCAGCUGCUUGUGCUUUUGGUUGCGGGCAUUUUAUCGCUGGGACUUGUGCUGCCAUGA